CCCACCACUCCACCCGCUUUGCCCGCCUCCUUAUUACUUCGUCUCGGAUCCCUCUCCAUUACACCACGCCCAGCUUUCGAGAGACCACCUCUCUAGCUUUACUUCUCUUCGAUCUAUUUCCUUCUUUUUCUUCUUUUAUGGCACUCUUCACUUUCUUACCGGAGCCGUCGUCUGAUCAGCCCAAAAAACAACAAUCCAGACGCAAGCGAAUGCCUCAGAAGAAUCCGUCAUCUUCAUGGGACCAAGUCAAGAACCUCCUCACCUGCAAGCAGAUCGAAGGGUCACAAGUGCAUGACCCCUCAAAAAACGCCGCGGUUGGGUACUCGAAGCUAGGGUCUUCUUGCAGCUCCAUAUGUAGCUUCAGGGACGUGGUUCAUGGUAACACCAGGGUUGUUCACAGAGCUGACAACUCGCCUGAGAGUAGUUCGGUGGGUCAGGAAACCGGGAUUCUGAGUCGGAAACCGGUCACCAGGUCCUCAACUCGGUCUAUUUCAAGAUCCGGCGUUGGAGCAACAUGCACGCCUUCCUCGAAAGCAAUGCAAUUCCGCAAGCUUUCUGGGUGUUAUGAGUGUCGCAUGAUCGUUGACCCCAGCAGGUACCCAACUCCAAGGACCACCAUUUGUGCUUGCCCUCAGUGCGGAGAGGUCUUUCCGAAGAUUGAAAGCUUGGAGCUUCACCAAGCAGUUCGUCAUGCAGUGUCUGAGCUGGGACCUGACGAUUCGGGUCGAAAUAUCGUGGAGAUCAUCUUCAAGUCAAGCUGGCUCAAGAAGGACAGCCCCAUCUGCAAGAUCGAACGGAUACUGAAGGUCCACAACACCCAACGCACUAUCCAACGGUUCGAGGACUGCCGAGACGCGGUCAAGACCCGUGCUCUCAACAGCACCAGAAAAAACCCCCGAUGCGCAGCUGACGGUAACGAACUCCUUCGGUUCUACUGCACUAACCUGACGUGCGCGCUCGGCGCGCGUGGCUCUUCCAGUCUGUGCGGGUCCGUACCGGCCUGCGGUGUGUGCACCAGCAUCAGGCACGGGUUUCAAGGCAAGGGUGGUGAUUGCAAGGGAGUGCGGACCACUGCCAGCAGCGGUAGGGCCCACGACUCGCUUCGCUGCACAGACGGUCGUAGGGCUAUGCUGGUGUGCCGUGUGAUUGCUGGGAGAGUGAGGCGCAGCGCGGACGAUGCGCCUGCGGAGGAGGAUAGCGUGUCGGCUGGCUCGUACGACUCCGUAGCCGGCUGCGCAGGGAUCUACUCGAAUCUCGAGGAGCUUAUCGUUUUUAAUCCGAGGGCUAUCCUUCCCUGUUUCGUGGUGAUUUACAAAGCUCUAGAGUCUUGUUGAUUAAGCCUUUGUACUAUCAGAAUCACGUGGCUUAUCGGACGGUCAUUCAAGCUUGCUGACCUUAUGUUUGUAUAUAAAUUCAUUUUUUUUUAUUGCUUGUCAUGUAAUAGAUAUUUUUGGGCUUUUUUUUUUUUGAUGUAGAGGUCGGUCUUUUUGGUUUAAUGGUCUAUAAAGACUCUAAGCUCAACUGCUCCACUACAUGCGUGUUUAUUAAUUUAUUUUAUUAGUUAGACAAGUAUUCAGUCACA